GGCUUUUGUUUUCGGAACCAUAAUAAAGCCAAGACCCAAUCCCAACCGACCUCGAAAGGCUCCAAUCAUCCACCUAAUCACGGAGUAUUGAACGUUCACACUUGCCUCAACCCCUUGUUCUGAAUAUGCCUUUCCACCCUGACGCUCUUCCCGAUCUCACAGGGAAAAUAUACAUAGUUACUGGUGGAACCUCCGGCAUAGGCUACCACACAAUCUCCCACCUGGCAUCCCACAAUGCGCACGUCUACAUGUGCGCUCGCUCCCAAGAAAAAGGCAACUCCGCAAUAGCACGCAUCAAAGAAACCCACCCAACCGCCAACAUCUCCCUCCUAACAAUGGACCACACCGGUCUCUCCACCGUCGUCUCCGCCACGAAUGACUUCCUAUCCCGCGAGACAGCGCUACACGGCCUCGUCAAUAACGCAGGGAUUAUGGCAACGCCCUACGAACUGACGAAGGACGGGUACGAGGCACAGUGGCAGACGAAUUAUCUUGCGCAUUGGCUGUUCACGGAACUACUGCUUCCGGUUCUGUUACGGACUGCUAAGACCACUACGACGACGGGAGGUGUGCGCAUUGUGAAUAUAACCUCGUCGGGCCAUCUGAGCGCACCGAAGACUGGGGUUAAUUUCGAUGAUACAUCCCUGAAAAAUGAUGGGUCCUGGGCGCGGUAUGGACAGAGCAAGCUCGCGAAUAUCCUACACACGAAAACCCUACAUAAACGGUACGGACCGGGCUCGUUACACACUACACAAAAUAGUUCUAGGGAGGGGUCUGGCGGGAUCUGGGUCUCAUGCGUACAUCCAGGCAUCGUCGGAACGAAUCUCGCUUCGUCGGUUGGCUGGCUCGAGUCGAUGGUUUUCUCUAUCCUGCGUCUAUUCGGAUUGUUUUGGACGGCUGAUAAGGGGUCAUGGAAUAGUUUGUUCUGCGUUGCGGGGAGUGAUAUGAAACCGGAACAGAGCGGUGCGUAUUUGGAGAUUUUUGGGAGGUUUGGGGAGCCCACGUGCUUGAGUAAGAAUGCAAAGGAUGGGAAGCUUGCGGAGAGGUUGGAGGAGUGGACGGCCGAGUUGAUGAGGAGGGAGGGGUGGUUGAAGUGAGAAGGGCUAGUUAUUGCUAUUUGUCAUUUAUUCGUGUGU